GCAAACUCAACAAGACUUAUUGAAUGCCAUGGGCUCGAUGUACUGCGCUAUCCUUUUUCUCGGUUUUCAAUACGGAUCGACCGUGCAACCCAUAGUAGCCAUCGAGCGAACGGUUUUCUAUAGAGAAAAAGCAGCCGGCAUGUAUUCGGCUCUGCCUUACGCUUUCUCACAG